AUGAAUUCCAAUUUAGCUGAAUCAGUACCAAUCUCAACGAAAAAUAAAGUCGGUCGACGCGUGUCCAAGCAAAGUAUAUGUUUGGUGUGUGGUGAUGUCGCUCGAAUUAUCAACUACGGUGCACUUUGUUGCCAGGCGUGCAAAACCUUCUUCCGUCGAAACGUGUCGCAUGGAAAACAAGUAUGUCGAUAUAAUGGAUGUUGCGAAAUAACGAAAUUUACACGAUUGGGUUGUACAGCUUGUCGAUUGAAGAAAUGCUUUGCUUGUGGAAUGAAUCCCGAAUUCAUACGUGUAACAGACCAACAUACAAAUCAUACACCAGUGAAACGACAAAACAAGGAAACUAAUGAUGAUGAUGUUGAUGUCAAUAAUGCGAAAAAGCCGAACAUAGACCCAUCUCCUCCGAAAUUGCAAACUCUCGAUCUAUUGGAAAGUGAUCGUUCAUCUUUAAGUCACUUCGAAUGGACAUUGCUUUCCAAUGUUAUUCAUGCUUACGAUAGAUUCGAAGCUUCAUCGAAUAUAUCCACUAGUACGAACUAUUUAGUUCACUUACCAGCUGAAACUCUAUUUCGCAAUACCCAUACAUAUAAUCUAUUCAAAACGUAUUACACAACAGCACAAUUGUUUGUUGCAUCGUCAGCCGAUUACAAAAUUCUGACUUCCGCUGAGCAAUGUUCAUUAUUAAAACGGAAUUUAAAUGGUCUCUUUAUAUUCUGCGCUGAGGUCGUUUGUCGAGACUUAAAAAUGCUUGAACAUCCUGUCUGGUUCAAUACCUUAACUUACACCUUAGGGUCUGUUAUGGUCGGACGAAAAAGGUAUCUUAACAAGAAGCUUGAACAUGAUAAUACGCUGAUUAAAUUAAUGCUGAUUAUUCUUGCGUUCUCUUCCAAUUGUUGCAUGUUAGACGAACGAGAUGGCAUAUUUCAAGAUCAUCUACUUAUCGGAACGUUUCGUUUAUUCGGCAGUCAAAACGUAUUCGUUGAAAUUCUUUGGAAAUAUAUGCUCUAUCGGUACGGCUACCGAGAUACAGUGCGUCGAUUUUCGGGAUUAGUCAAGCAAACGCUCGAUCUCAUAUCGCUAGUUGUCAAUAUGUAUCGGAGUGACCGAAUGCAUCAAUACUUUCUCGAUGAAGCAAUCAAAUUAGCAACAUCAUCGGUAAAAAUUGGUGAAAACGAUUCUAUUCCCCUAUGGGGCAAAACUCCGCUUGACUCGAUUGAAUCAACUCCAAUGACUUUUGGAUAUUAUUGUACAUAA